CAUGAUGCGGAGGAAUUACAAUCUCAUGCUACAGUUGCACAUGUGUUUGUGUAUUAGACAUUUAUUGCUAGAAAUAUGUCGUUUUAGGACAUUUAUUAUUGCAUUAAUUUAUAAUUAGAUGAAUAAGUGAAAUGACAAAUUGCUUAAAGACUACGAUUUCUGCUGUUGGUUGAGCUUGGUAAACAGUAACGUAUUUGAACAGUGUUAGCAAGCUAGCUACAAUGUUAUAGUGUGUUAUGGUGUCACAUUGAUUCAUUUAGCACAUGAAACAUUUGUAGCACUGACACGUCACAUUACAUAACUGGACAGUCUAUCUACCAUGACUAUGACGGAGGAAGCACCGAGUGUCCCUGAGUGCUACAUCUCAGAACAUGAAGGGUUCUAUGGAACCAUCAAGAACUUCACCAGAGACUUUGUAGUCACAGAGAUAGACAUCCAUGGCCAGAUGGUCACUAAACCCAGUGUAUCUGAUGUUCCUCAAUCAUCCAACAUUACUGAGGCAUGUCCAGGUGCCAAGUCUGAAGGAAAGACAAAUAUUAUUAGCCCAAAACAUGAACACAACCUCAAAGAAGAGAAUUCAGAACCUGGACCCGGUCAGAAUGGUGACAUCACAUCCACCGCCAGCCAAGACUGUUUUGACCUGAACAUAAUACUGGGUCAGGCUGUCUGUGAAGAGCUAGAGCAGUUCACUGCUUUAUUGAGAGAGAUGUCAUCAAGUCCCAAUGAUGACGUUGAGAAGAAGCUGGCCAACCAAGAAUCAUCCAAUGGCAGUGAGAAGGUGGCCAAUCAAGAGUUAUCCCUGGGUUCAUUCCCAGACAAACACCAAAGAGCUAAUGUCCACCGCGCUGUCCGACACAGCUUUCCCUUCCUGUUGACAGUAACCAACCAAUCAGAGAUCAGGGUUAAGGAGGACCCUGACUUUAAGCUCUUAUCAGGUUUGGUCUCCGAGGAGGAGGCCGAAGACUUUAUCAGGUUCAUCGACACCAAGAUGCCUAAUUCUGUGUACACGUUCAGGGGUGAUGACAGUAAGGAGCACAGGACGGCAGUGCACCACUUCCUCAGUAGACGGUUUGGUAAACUGGUGGAGACCAAGAGCUUCAUUGACCAGCAGCAGAAGACUACGGCCAUUACUGUCAGGUUGAGAAAAAAAGGGAAACCCAGGAAGAGGACGGCUGAUGACAGUAAAGAGGAAGAGGUCUAUACAGCGUUCACUCUGAGGAAGGAGAACCUAGAGACUCUGGAGGCUAUCAGCUACAUGGCAGCUGUCCUGGGGGUGCUGCCCUCUGACUUCACCUACGCUGGCAUUAAGGACAAGAGGGCCGUCACCUACCAGUCCAUGGUGGUCAAGAAGAUCUCACCACAACGGCUGAGAGAGAAGGCCAGUGAGUUUGAGAAGAGGGGGGUGGUCCUCUCCUCCGUCCGCUCCGUCUCGGAGCCUCUUCAUCUGGGUAGACUCCAGGGGAACCACUUUGACCUGGUGGUACGGGAUCUGAGGCCACACCAGGGUCAUGGCACACUGAUGGAGCUGGACUCACUGGUGCAGGAGGCUGUGGAGAACGUAAAGGUCAAGGGGUUUGUGAACUACUAUGGACCUCAGAGGUUUGGGACUGGACAGAGUGUUCAGUCUGACCGCGUCGGACUGGCCCUGCUCAAAGAGGAAAUGGUGGCAGCUGUCCGUCUGUUUUUCACACCAGAAGAAGGUGAUGACCCUCAGAGCGUUGCCAAGAGACACUUCCUCCAGACUGAUAAUGCCAAGGAGGCCCUGUUUCUGAUGCCCAUGUCCAAGGCCAGAGAGAGGAUGAUGCUGAGGGCCCUACAUCGCUAUGGGACGGGCCCAGAGGGCUGCACCCGUGCCUGGCUCAGCCUGCCCCAUGGGAUGAGGGUCUUCUACCCCCACGCAUACUGCAGCCGGGUCUGGAACGAGGCGGCUGCACACAGGCUGACCACGCUGGGCCACAGGGCCAGGCAGGGAGAUCUGGUCUGGAAGCAGAGGAGAGAGGAGGGGAUAGAGGCGGGAGAAACCAGCUUACCUCAGAUUCAUGUUGUUACUGCUGCAGAGGAGGAGGAGGAAGUCUACUCACUAGGACAGGUGGUUCUUCCCAUGCUUGGCAACAGUGUGAAGUACCCAGAGAACCCUGUAGGGGGCUGGUACCAGGAGAGACUGGCGAGGGAUGGACUACAGAGCUGUCGUUUCAGAGUCACUCCUCUCAAGCUGAACCUCCCUGGCUGCUACCGCCCCUUACUGGCCAUCCCACAUAGCCUGACCUACAGGCUGGAGCAGGGACAGAGAGCUGGGGAGAGGCAACAGGAGUGGAAUGGAAAGUCACAGGCUAGUGGAGCGGUACCACAGCACCCUGACACAGACACAACUAGACCUGGAGGUCUGGAGAGGCAGAGAGGAGGGGAGAGCGUGCAGGGUAAUGGAGAGGGGGAGUCAACGGUGCAGUACCCUGACACAGACACAACUAGACCUGGAGGUCUGGAGAGGCAGAGAGGAGGGGAGAACGUGCAGGGUAAUGGAGAGGGGGAGUCAACGGUGCAGUCCUCUGACACAGACACAACUAGUUUGACGUUGAACUUUGACCUGGACUCCUCCUGCUACGCCACCAUCUGCCUCAGAGAGGUCAUGAAAUGUGACCCUUAAACUGGAGUCUCAGAUGUUGUAUGUACUACUGUGUGUACAGUAUUUUCUUCUUGUGUACUUGUAGGAUACUGCUACAUUAUUGUGAUCAGUUUGCUGAUUCGGUGCCUGAUUUGUCAGACAUGUCGUUAAUAAAAAAAUGCUUUGUUCA